UGCUUUCUAUUGGCCAAAUGGAUGGCCUGGAUUUGAUGUGAUYGGUGCUGGUGAUGGCAGAAGGGACUGACAUUGGCGAAAUGCCCUCUUUUGACCAAUGUCCUGGUUCAGAAACGAGAAAGAGACCUACAUCUUCUGAUGGCCGAGACGAGCCCAUGAGGAAAAUGCCUGUCACAAAAUUUAGUUCCAGACCUCGCUUUGAACCUGUGCACUUCGUCAGCGGUGGAAGCAGUGGAGGAAGCGGCACUGAUGAGAAGGAGAACGAUAAGGAGCGCAGGAGGACUGAGUCGUACGGGGCGAGACAGCGGGACUCUCAACACUCCUCCUCCCACAGCAGCAGCAGCAGAGCGCAGGGCUUCUCUUCCCUCAGGCCUGCUUUUGACCGCAUGCCAUCAUCCUCGAGGGACUUUUGGGGUUCCCAUAGAGACCGAGCUAGUGACAGAGAGAUUUCCUCAGGGAGCACUAGUGGACUAGGUUAUGGAGGUCGUGAGCUUUCUUUAAAUUUCAUGUCAAAAACGCAGUAUGACUACACAGCCAAGUAUGAAGCCCACACCUCUUCUCACAGCUUAGACUCUUAUACCAAGCCCCAGAGAUUCAAUGGAUAUGGGGGUGGGUGCAGGGACAGAACUGGAGGCUGGGAUUUAGGACGUCAGGGUUUGGGCUAUGGUCAUCAGGACAGGCUGUCAUCGAGCGGGCCUUUUAGUAGAGUCUACAACAGCCCGGGCAGGAGCAUUCAUUCCAGUGUUUCCCAGUCUGGAUCUUUGCAGCCUCUUCCAAUAUCUCAACCCACAUUUGCUGAAAAGCAACGGCUGAUCAUUCAUGUUGGUAACGCACUGGCUGCGGCCUUCAGGGACCCCGUUUUAAUCACUGGGAGUGACUCGCCAAAUUAUAAUUUCAUGUUGAGCCGCAGCAUCCAGGCUUGCAAAACCAACCCAGAGUACAUUUAUGUCAACCUGAAGGAUAUUCCUCAGGCUGACCUGCCAAAGAACAGGAAAGUCCCAACAGACGGUUACGCCUGUGAACUGAGAUGUCAGGGUGUGUAUCUGGCUACUGGAUACUCUGGCAGUAAAAACGGAGCGAGGGACCGGGCUUCUGAGCAGGCUGUGAAGCUUUUCCUAAAACCAGUCGAGGUUCGUGUUGUGCAGCGUAAAUACAGACACUUGAUGGUCAACGACAUGGUUGUGUGCCAGAUGCACAGCCCGACGCCAGCAUUCCUACCUGCGCUCCGGAAUCCAGAAGACAAACCAGCGCCCAGCUCUAAGGGCCAGUAUGAGCCCGACCGCCAUAAACCCUGGACAGAGUUCGUGGUGAUGGACAACGCUCACGACGCCAUCUGCAUUUUGAACAACUCGAACGCUUUCAAUCGCAUGAAGAUCGACUACAAGUUUGAGCAGCUGCCCAACAAUUCGUGGCUGUGCAGGGUUUUCCUGCAGGACGAGCUGGUAGCGGAGGCAACGGGAUCUAAAAAGAGCUCRAAGCACGCCGCCGCCGAAGAAGCGGUAAAAAAGCUCCGCUUGAACCAAGCACAACGAGAACAGCAGCAGCAGCAACAAUCGCAGUACGUCAGAGGAAAUAACCAGCUGGAUUCCAGUGAAAGCUUUGGGCCACAGGGUAACAGGAAGAAGCAGCUGAGUGAGCUGGUGAUUUUGGAGAACUCUGAUAACGCCAUCUGCAUCAUUAACGACACGGCUCAGUUUAAUAAAGUGUCUGCUGAUUACAAAUUCUCCGUGCUGCCUGAUCAUCGCUGGAAGUGUGAAGUUUACCUUGAAGGGCAGUACGUYGCUGCAGGAAUCGGUCCAAAGAAAAUAGUGAAGCACAUUGCGGCGAACGAAGCUUUAGUCACUUUGAGACAGACCCAGGCUGUGGUCAAAUCAAACUUGCGCAAGGAGGGACACAGCGACGCUAUAUCCCGCUCUCAGAUUCUGGCUCGCUCCGGCGAGGAGGCCAUGAGGCAGGAGAUCAAGGAGGACAACAUCGGAAACCAGCUGCUCCGCAAGAUGGGCUGGAAAGGCGGCGGCCUGGGCCGAGACGGGGAAGGCAUCGCGGAGCCGAUCAGAGUGAAGGAGCAGUUCUCCAGAGAAGGUUUGGGUAUGGACAUGGACAAAACAGGAAAUCAGCUCACCAAGCGAGACAUCGAGGACAUCAUUCGCAACUACGCUGGCUCAGAUCGAACGGACGACCUUCGAUUCUCCAACGAACUCACCAACGACGAACGCAAGCAGAUCCACCAGAUUUCUCAAAAAUACGGCCUGCGGAGCAAGUCGUACGGACAGGGGCGGCAGCGCUUCCUUAUCGUCAGCCGGAAAGUUCACAAAGACCAGCUGAUCGGCCAGCUUUUACAGGAAGGACAGGUGGGACGAUAUGAACUUAUCAAACCUCAGGCCUCUCAUUAAAAUGCAUGAAAAACAUGAGCAAGUUUCCAUCAACUUGGACUUGAAAACAAAACAUAUCAYGAGUGUAUGUCUGUCCCAACGUGACACAUUUACUGAACACUUAACAGAUUCAAAGUGAACUGGUUUAAUACAUUUUUUUUUUCAUUUCUUUAAAAUGAGCUCUUAUUCAACAGGAGACAAAAAUUUUUUUUUCAAUUUUUGUGCAUCAGAGCUUGUAGUCUGCUUUGUGGGAUUACGUCUUAAUACUAGGAACAUUUCACUAGUGUUUCGUUCAUAAUUACGGCAGAAUAUGUAUCUUUUUUUCUUUUGCUCUUUAAAAAACAUUGACAGAUGACUCAUUAAAGACCAGGAUUAGAGUGGCAUUAACAUUAACUGUAGGUAGGAGCUCSAGUUUCACUGUAGUGACGCAUCUAUUCAGCAAUACUCACAUUAUUUGCUUUUUUCAACAAUUCCGAGAUUUUUCUGCGUACUGCAUCAGUGAUCAGAAAAUCUUUUAAAACUGUGGUCUUUGUUAAAUGUGAGUUAUGUGAGUACAGUUAGCCUGUCUGUUUUCACAACUGUAAACUGAAUAAAUUAAAACUGAUAAUCAUUAA